AUGGGCAUUGAUGAUGAGUCCCUAGGGCUCGACCACGGAGAUCAGCAUAUCACGAUUUACAACUCCGACCCGUUCCGUGACGCUCCGGUCCCACAAUCCUGCCGCGAAAUAAGGCACGGCCAAUUGGCCAGUGUUCUUGGAGCCGCUGUCCCAUCCGACAACUCGAGUUCAGCUUGUGUGAACUCUCCUUCAACUCGAUCAUGCUGGUCUGAAGGCUUUGAUAUUACAACGGAUUAUUACGAGUCGGUGCCUGACACUGGUGUCACUCGAGAGUAUUGGUUCAACAUCGAGAAUGGCACCGCAGCUCCAGACGGCAUUGAGAUCCCUGUAAUGACCGUGAAUGGGUCUCUGCCUGGGCCAACAAUCAUCGCUGACUGGGGCGACUGGGUCGUCGUACAUGUGACCAAUUCCCUCCAGAACAACGGCACUUCUAUUCAUUUCCAUGGCAUCAGACAAAACUAUACCAACUACAACGAUGGCGUCCCGAGCGUGACCCAGUGUCCAAUCGCUCCUGGAGACAGUUUCACCUACAAAUGGCGCGCAACCCAAUACGGAUCCAGCUGGUAUCACAGCCACUUUUACGUCCAGGCCUGGGACGGUCUCUUUGGCGGUAUAUUGAUCAACGGCCCGGCAACUGCGAACUACGACGUCGAUCUCGGCAACGUGAUCUUGAAUGACUGGUACCAUGAUACUGCCGACAACUUGGCUCUGCAGGCGUCUAUCACUGGACCCCCAACGGCCGCGAACGGUCUGAUUAACGGGACCAAUGUCUACAACGAGACCGGUUCUCGCUUUGAGACGACUUUUGAGGCCGGGAAGAGGUACCGAUUCCGGCUCGUGAACGCAGGAGCAGACAACCACAUGAGAUUCAUGAUCGAUAACCACACUCUCGAGGUUAUCUCUACGGACUUUGUGCCUAUCGUGCCUUACAACACAACCAACCUCUCAAUUGGGCUCGGUCAGAGGUACGAUGUUAUCGUGCAAGCCAAAGAGCAGACCAGCGGCAACUUCUGGCUUCGCGCUAUCCCGCAGGAGUCGUGCUCUGACAAUGACAGUGCCGAUAAUAUCAAGGGAAUCAUCAGAUAUGGCAACUCGACUGACGAUCCAACAACGUCUGCGUACGAUUAUACCGACUCGUGCAGUGACGAAGAAAUGACCAACCUGGUCCCCUACCUUAGCAAGGCAGCCUCUGACAGCUGGGACGUUGAAGAAUAUCAAGACGCUGGUGUUCAGGUCACAGAAAAUGCCUUGCUGUGGACCAUGGGUGGAUACUCUUUCCACAAUGAGUGGGACUAUCCCACCGUCCAACAAGUGCUUGAGGGCAACGAUACGUGGACCGACAAGCAGCGCGUGUUUCAGCUGCCCGAGGCCGACAAGUGGGUGUACAUGGCCAUUUCUUCGGUCUUCGCCGCCGAUCACCCAAUCCAUCUGCACGGUCACGACUUCUGGAUCCUGGAUCAGGGGUUCGGAACAUGGAACAACCAGACAACCAACUUCGUUCUGGAGAAUGCCCCGCGCAGAGAUGUGGCAAUGCUUCCUGCCAGCGGUCACUUGGUUAUUGCUUUCAAGACUGACAACCCUGGUGCCUGGCUCUUGCAUUGCCACAUCGCUUGGCAUACGUCUGAAGGUCUUGCUGUUCAAUUCCUAGAGCGAGAAUCUGAGAUGAUGAGCGCGGCUGGUGUUCUGGACGGUGAUGCGAUCAAUGGGACCUGUGCCAACUGGAGUGCUUAUGCCACUGACGUCGACCAAUUCGACAGUGGGGUUUGA